AUGACCAUCACCAUCCGCGAUCGCAGGGGCUAUAAGAAACAGCAGCAGCUGCCAUGUAAGGACCCCACAUGCUCCUGCCGCAAGGCAGAGAACAGCGGAGUCGCCCCCACCCCGCCGCUGCUCGCCUGCGCGCUCGUCUCCCGCCGCUGGCUGCGCCUCUCUGCGCUUCUCCCCCGCGCCAUCACUGUUCCCCCGGGCCUGCUAUUACACCCCCGCGCCCUCCUGCGUACCUUCUCCUCCUUUCCCCACCUGCGUUCCCUCACGCUACACGGGGACUCUUGCCGAAGCAUCGGCAGCAGCAGCAGAGGGACCAUCAGUGAUUGGCUCAUCGCUCGCCUGGCAGCGCUGCCGCAGCUGACGUCACUGUCGCUCGUUGGCGUUGCGGCAAUCCCGAGGCUCUCCCCCUUGGCGCCCUCCUUGCUGUGCUUGGAAAUCCGUGGCGCAGGGGAGGGGGUGACGUGUCUCCCCGGAAAAUGCCUUGGGCAGCUGACGUGUCUGCAGGAGCUGGUUUUGCGGGAUUGCUUGGCGCUGCGGCAGCUUCCGGCGUCGCUUGCACUGCUGCCGUCGCUGCAGCGCAUUCGCGUGGACGGAUGCUAUUCGGUGACGCUUGAUGCUUGGACGCUCAGAGAUAGGAAUGACUCUGGGUUGGCGGCUGUGCCGUUUGUGAGGGAGGAUGGGGAGCGAGAGAUGGGGGAUGGGCAAACGCCAAGGAAUGGCAUCAAGCGUGAGAGUGAUGAGGGGGAUGUGGAGGCAAGCUGUGGGCAGCAACUGCCACCUCAGUGGCGAAGGCGACAGCGUCGGCAACGGAAAAGGUUCUGCCGCUGCCAAGACAAGGUUUGGCAGCAGCAGCAGCAGCAGCAGCAGAGCACAAAGGGUUGUGUCACAACUGUCACGGCAGUAGCACAGCCGCGCCAGCCCCUGUUCUUCUCCAAGCUGCAACAUUUUGAGCUUGCUGACGUGUCAGCUCUGCAGCACCUGCCACGUGGCAUCCUCCAGCACCACUUGCUCAAGCACCUCGUGCUAGACGGCUUCUCAGGCGCCUCUCUUUCUGCUGCUUGCAGCGUUGACUCCGAAUCUCCCAUCCACACGCCCAGCCUGCAACAUCUGGUGCUGCGCAACCUUCCAAAACUUUCUCAGCUGCCCGAUUGCCUUUCACAGCCCACUGCAUGCCCGUCCCUCACCAUCCUUUCCAUCGAGAACUGCCCGUGCAUCUCUUCCCUCCUCACUCCUCCUCCCAGCCUGCACACCUUAAAGCUCCGCAAUCUUCCCAACCUGACGUCCAUCUGUGAUCCACUGCGUACCCACUGCCCAUCCCUCUCUGUACUCGUUAUAGAACGAUGCGCCAACCUCCAUUCUGUGCCGUGCUUCCCGUCGCGCAGCCUGUCACACGUGGAGAUUCGCAACCUCCCAAACCUCACAGCGCUCACAGGCCCUUCCUCACUCCUCAACCCCUCCUCCUCCUCCUCCCCUCGCCUCUCCAUCCUCGCAAUUGAGAACUGCCCUCUCCUUGCUACAAAUUCUAUAAAUGCUAUAAAUGCCUUAAAUGCCUCUGCACAAGUCCCUUUCGCCUUCAAGUUUCCCAACCUGAGGGAGCUAUGGCUGCAGGACCUUCCUCUGCUGCACGAGCUACCGCCCUCCUUCUCUUCCCUCUCCUCCCUGCAGCGUUUGGUCAUCACGCGCUGCCACGGGCUCAACUCACUCCCUGACUGCCUGCCGGAGCUCCCCUUGCUGCGCGAUCUCGCCCUCGUAGUAAACCACAACCUCACCGUCCCCAGGGAUUUCCUGCCGCGCCUGCACUCGGUUCGUCGCCUGGUGGUGCACCGGGGGGGGAGGGUGAGGCCACAGUUUGCGCUGCCCCCGCGGGUGAAGGAGCUUCACACAGAUGACUUCUGCAGUGAGGUGCUGCGCUUGUAUGAGCUGGAGACACUGGAGGUCGGAGGAGGGGUGCAGAGGAAGAGGAGGGCAAUGGCGGCUUUAAUGAAGACAGCAGCAGCGAGAUAA